AUGGAUUGUGGUUCAUAUUUCGAUCUAAUGCAUUUAUGGGGUAUCGAUCGCAUAGAUUCCAAACGUGGCUUCCAAUGGAAAGUUAUAUUUAGCCAAUUUUUCUCAAAAUUUCACUUCGAUAAAUUUGCGCCGGAUGUAAGUGCUGAUGAAAUGGCUUAUACGGCGGAAUUGGCUGAAAGAAUGGCUAACUUUGUGUUGGAAGAUGAUUGCACGAAGAAAUAA